UCAAGUAGCACAGUUCAACUUUUCCUUUCAUUUCAUCUAAACCAAAAAGACCAGUGAUCCAGGGAAUCAUGUUAGUGAAACUUUUUCUCCUCGCUCUUGUGGGGAUCAGUACUGCCUAUCAGUACUCAUACCGAUCCGAGUUCCCCUAUGGACGUCCAGAUAACAAAACCGGAUUCGAAUUUGGCGCUUGGGAACCCAACCGCCAGUAUGUCUACAACGUAACCUCGAAGACUAUGACUGCUCUGCCAGACUUGGAAGACCAGUGGACUGGCACUUUCACCCGUGCCUACCUGGUAAUCCGUCCGAAGAGUCCGGAUUAUGUCUUUGGCUACGUCAAGCAGCCAGAGUAUGCCGUCUUCAACGAAUACCUACCCCAAGGCAUCAACACCGAGCUCUCUCAGCGCAGUUUGAAGUGGCGCCCAAUGCCAAUGAGCUCCAAGCCAAUCGCCAUCCGUUACCACAAGGGUACCAUCAAGGGAUUCUACGUUGAACAAACCGUGCCCAACCAUGAAGUCAACAUCCUGAAGGCUUGGCUCAGCCAGUUCCAGCUGGAUACCCAGGGUCACCACACUUACAAAUCCGAAUACAACCAAUUCCCAGGCAAUAACUCUUUUACUGGUGUCUACGAGGUUAUGGAACCUGUUGUAACUGGCAAGUGCAAGACCCUGUACGACGUCAGCGUUGUCCCACCAUACAUGAUCCAAGCCAACAAGCAGUGGGUACCUCAACCCCAGCUCCGUGAGGAAGGUCAGUACUUCUUCCAGGUUGUCAAGACCCAGAACUUCGACCACUGCCAGCAACGCAUGGGCUACCACUUCGGCUUCAGCGGUUACAGCGACUUCCGUCCCAACACCAACAGCAUGGGUAACGUCGCUUCCAAGUCUGCCGUCACCAACAUGUACCUCACCGGAACCUGGUACAACUACACCAUCCAGUCUUCCAGCACCGUAAACAAAAUCGCCGUUGCUCCAUCUCUCAUCAACAAGCAGAAAGCCAUCGUAUACGCUGCCGUCAACUGCACUCUGAACCGCGUUGAAGAAUACAAGCAGAUUCCAACGGGACCUGCUGAGGAUCAGAAGGUCUUCGUUGAUCUGGUCUACAGCUACAACAUGCCAAGCGACAAGAAGAACAAUGUGCGUCCAACAAACGCGACAUCCUCUUCCUCCUCCUCAUCUUCCUCAUCUUCCUCGUCAUCUUCGUCUUCAUCGGAGUCCAGCUCGUCGGAUUCGUCCAGCUCUGAAUCGCAAGAAAACCCCAAAAUCAGCCCCGUCUACCAAUACAAAGCCCAAUUGGAUGAAGUUGAAAAGCGUGGAAACCGCAACCGUCGUGAUCUGAAUGCUUUCAAGGAGAAGAAAUACUACGAAGCCUACAAGUUGGAUCAGUACCGUCUGAGCCGCAAGAACGAUACUUCAUCCGACUCCAGCAGUUCUGAUGAUUCGUCAUCUUCGUCGUCCAGCUCAUCCAGCCAGGAGUCCAACGAACGCAACAACUCAUCCUCUUCCUCUUCUUCUUCGUCCUCGUCCUCGUCCUCGUCUCAAUCAUACAGCUCGUCGUCCUCGUCCGAAUCCUACUCGUUGAGCAGCGAAGAGUUUUACUACCAACCCGCUCCAGAAAGCUUCAAGGAUGCUCCCCAGGCUCCUUUCCUGCCAUUCUUCACCGGUUAUAAGGGAUACAACAUCCAGUACGCUCGUAACGUCGAUGGUCAACGUUCCAUCUACAGACUGGUCCAGGAAGCCGUCGAUGAACUGCAGAACCCAUCAACCCUGCCCAAGUCCAACACUCUGAGCAAAUUCAACAUUGUCAGCCGCAUCUUCCGCACGAUGAACUACCAGGACAUCUAUGAAGUUGCCCAGAAAUAUUUCGUUUCGCAGCAGGAACGCAAAGAAGGAAACAACAAGAGCGAGAAAUUCGCCAAGCGCGUCGAUGCUUGGAUCUUCAUUCGGGAUGCCUUGGCAGAAGCUGGCACACCACCGGCCUUCAAGGUUAUCAAAGAAUUUAUCGAAGAGAAGAAACUGCGUGGCUAUGAAGCAGCUGGAGUUUUCUCUACCCUCGUUAACUCGAUUCGCUAUCCAACUGAAUCACUGCUGCAUGAAUUCUUCCUGCUGGCUACCUCUGAUACUGUCCAACACCAGGAAGGCUUGAACACCACCGCUCUGUUCACCUACAGUUACUUCGUCAACCAGGCUCACGUUAACAACCGAUCGGCCUACAACUACUACCCAGUCUACAGCUUUGGACGUUUUGCCGAUGCUGACUACAAGAUCGUUGCUCACAAGAUCGUUCCAUGGUUCUCCCACCAACUUCGUGAAGCCGUCAACGCCAGAGACAGUGUUAAGGCCCAAGUCUACAUCCGUUGUCUUGGAAACCUUGGACAUCCAGAAAUUCUGAACGUUUUCGAGCCAUACCUCGAGGGCAAAUAUCAAGUAAGCGACUACCAGCGUCUGGCUAUGGUUGUGGCUUUCGAUAAACUGGUUGAAAACUACCCACAUCUGGCCCGAUCUAUCUUGUACAAGGUCUACCAAAACAUCGGAGACAUUCACCAAAUCCGAUGCGCUGCUGUGCACAUGCUGAUGCGUGCCAAUCCCCCAGCUGAUAUGCUCCAACGCAUGGCCGAAUACACCUACUACGACCCAAGCCGUUAUGUGCGCGCUGCAGUCAAAUCAGCACUGGAAUCUGCUGCUGAGUCCUACGAUUACGAUUAUUACAACGAAUUUGCUGAAAAUGCCAAGGCUGCCGUUAAGUUCCUUAACCCAGAAGACUUCAGCUUCCAAUAUUCGUCGUCUUAUAUUCGCGAUUACGCUUUUGAAAACCAGGAGAUGUCCUACCGCAUGUACUACGGACAGAUUGCUGCUGAUGAUCACGUUAUGCCCAAUGGUAUGUUCUUCCAACUGCGCAACAACUUUGGUGGUUACAAGAAGUAUUCCUCAUCCUAUUACCUCUUCUCGAGCAUGGAAGCAUUCUUCGAUUUGGUUGACAAGCAAUGCGACCGCAGCUACUUCAAGGAUGACUACAAGUCGUCUGACUAUUACUACAAGUACUAUAAGCAGUUCCCCAACAAGAAGAGUGAAUACUUCGACAAGUACUACAAGUCUCACGGACCCCAGAGUGAUUAUUACCAGAAAUUCGCUAAGGCUGAGUACAAUGACAAGGAACCACAGAAGUACUCCACUACUCGCAUUGCUAAGCUGCUGAACAUUGACCCACGUGAAGCUGAGGAGCUGGAAGGACAAUUCCUGGUGAAAUUGUUCAAUGGAUACCACUUCUACGCAUUCAACAAUCAGACUAUCGAAAACUCUCCGCAAUACAUCAAGAAAUUGUUCAGAGAAUUGGAAGAUGGCUUGAACUUCAACUACACAAAGUUCUACCAACAAGAAGAAGCUUCCCUUGCCUUCCCAUUGGCCACCGGUUUCCCAUUCGUUUACACUCUGAAGACUCCAACUGUAUUCAAGUUUGAAACUGAGGCUAAGGUAAAGACUUACCCACGCGUUCACCAGAAGCCAACUGGACAUCCAGAAAAUGAAAACGAUGAUUUCAUCUACUGGCCAAAACUGCUGAAUGGAUCCAUUGAUGUUAACCUUCUGUACCAUCGUAUGUCUGAUGCCAAGGUUGGAUUCGUCACUCCAUUUGAUCACCAACGUUAUAUUGCUGGUUACCAGAAGAAACUCCAGGUUAACCUGCCAUUCAGUGUGGACCUGUCGCUGAACUUUGAAACCGACGAAUACGAAAUUGAGUUGUCCCCCUUGGAACCCAAGAAGGAUCAACUGUUCUUCCACUUGAGCUCCUGGCCAUACACUGGAUACAAGGAUAUCACUGAAAUGCGCCCAAUCGCUGACAGUCCCAACGUCAGAAUUGUUCAUGAUGACGAUCAGACCACCAAAUCCUUUGAACACACUUUCGGACAGGACAUGACUGGAUUCGGCCUGCGUUUCCACGCUAAGUACGAUCAGGACUUCUUCAACUUUGAACAGUUCUACGAUUUCUACAAGCAGCACGAUUUCUACUCUGCAUUCUUCUAUCCGUUUGCUACUCAGCCUUAUGAAUACCAUCAGUUCAACGUGUACUACGAUGCUCAGCGCACAGAUAUUGAGAAGAUCAAGUUCUCUGCUCACUACAAGGAAGGCGACUUCGAUCAGGACUUCCAGGACUCCGACGUUAAGCACCCGAAGGGACGUCAUGGUUACUCUGGCUACUACAACGAAGCCAACUAUGCUCAGCCCAUCGUUUUCUCUGCCGCCAGUCACCGUCGUCAAGAUCAGUUCAUCAAGAACGCCGCAGCCGGAAUCCGCAACAGUGAUGUGGGAGUGUUCGACUUCGGUGUUACCUUCGAAGGAAAGAAGCAGAAGGCCGAAUAUGUCUUCACCACUGCCUACGCUGACAGUCCAGUCGAUGAGAAGUCUCGUUUCUUGUUCUUCUUCUCCGGAAGCCCGUACUACCAGUCGAACUACUUCUUCGGUAUGCCAUACCAGGGUAAACAGUUCCAGAUGUGCUUCUCGGCCACCAACGAGUUCCCGAAUGUGCCCAAGCUGAACUUCUUGAACGCUUUGAACCAAAACGAAGACGCCGACCUGAAAUGGGAACUCUCUUACGGCGAGAAGUGCCAAGGAGGAGCCCAGGUUUCCAUCAAGGGUAAACUGCAUCAAACCGAUAUGUACCGUCACCACUUGCGCACCUCUCGCGUUGGCUCCACCUGCAAGGACCAGAUGGAUCGCGGUUUCUACCAGUUGAAGGAAUGCCAAAACGCUACCCGCCAGGCCAGCUACUUCGAUCAAUACUUCUUCAAGUUCGAUUUCAAGAACUUCGACUCUGCCUCCCAGAACUUGACCUACAAGUUCUUCAACUUCUUCCAACAGUUCGCCUAUCCGUACUACGAAUCUAACUACUUCUACAAGGGCAAGGACAAUCAAGCUCAGUUCAACUUUGAGCUGGCUCCGUACGCCGAUUGUUUCAACGCUUCCUUCUUUGGACCGGAGUUUGCCUUCAAGGUUGAGAACUAUCCGAUCUACAACUACUACUACAGAUACUUCGCCACGGUUCACUCCGAUCUGUCCUUCUUCGACCGCUUCGCUACCUAUGCCUACCGCGGACAGUACCACCCAUCCUGUUCCAUCUCCAGCAAGUAUGUUGCUACCUUCGAUGGAAAGACUUACGACUACACUAUGGGUGAUUGCUGGCACGUCGUGUUGCACACCGUAAAGCCAGAUUACGAAUACUACGCUUACCAGUCACACUUCCAGAACGCUGACAGCGAGUACCGCUUCAAGAACGGAUUCUAUGAGGAUGAGCAAAUCAGCGUUUUGGGACGUUCUGGACCAAGCAACGAAAUGUACUUCAAGGUCAUUCUUGGACAGUACAAGCAAAACGAUUACAAUAUCGAUAUCAUUCCUAAUGGUGCUGAUCUGCCUAAGGUCUAUAUCAACGGAAAGCCCCAACAGAUCCAUGACAAAUACGCUGUUGAACUGUACACCAACGAUAACGGAGGUGAGCAGCCAUUGUUCCGUUGCUACGCUCUGCCAGGAAACGAACUGGAAAUCAACAUCCGUAACGAUGGCUUGAAGAUUGUGCAUGACGGAUACCGCGCUCGCUUCUUCGCUGACCAAUCAUACUACAACAACUUUGCUGGUCUGUGCGGAACCAACAAUGGAGAAUACUACGACGAUUUUGUUACCCCCGAUCAAUGCUACAUGCGCAAGCCAGAAUACUUUGCCGCCUCGUACGCCAUCACUGGCCAAAACUGCACUGGACCAGCCAAGGCUUUCAACUACGCCUACCAACAGAAGGCCAAGGAAGAAUGUGUCAAGCGUGAAGUUUUCUACGGAAAUGUGAUCUACGAGCGUGACUUCUAUCGUCAGCGUUACCGCUACUACAACCACAAUGUUGAAGAGUCAGACAGUUCCUCGUCCUCGUCGUCCUCGUCUUCAUCGGAUUCCUCCUCGUCGUCCUCUGAUUCGUCCUCUUCAUCAUCCUCUGAAUCUCGCUCUCGCAGCCACUCUGGCAGCUCGUCCAGCUCUAGCUCCGAGGAGAACAAGGAAUACCAUCCCCACCAGCAGCAGCACAGCGUGAAGGAGUGCGAAGUCAAGCACCAGCACCAGUUCUUCGAGCAGGGUAGCCAGAUCUGCUUCUCGGUGCGCCCGCUGCCCGCUUGCCCGUCCCACUGCGCUGCCACCGAUAAGACUCCCAAGUACUUCGACGUUCACUGCCGCUCGGCCAGCGACCCAGCCGCCCAGCUGUACAAGAGCCAGAUCCAGAAGGGCUACUCCCCGGACAUGAAGUCUCGCUCCGUCUCCAAGACCGUCAAGUUCAACAUCCCGAAGACUUGCGUGCAUAGCCAGUAGGAGUACGAACCCCAGGCACACCCCUCUAUGGACACACAAUUGCGAAUUUAAUGUUAAGCAAAUAAAGCAAAUUUUGAGCAUUUAAA